AUGUCUAUAACAGAUCUCCCAGAGGGCAUCAAUGCCAUGGAUGCGACUAUCCUGAAAGCGUUCAGAGAGGUCGCGAACACUCUUCCGACAACACCUGCUGUACUGGCGUGGAUUAGCAGAUGUCUGGAUGCUCAGUCCAGUGAGCGAGAGAAUCAGCCCUCCGUUCCCCCUUCACCGACAGCACCUGCUGUUGAUGGGACAACCUCUGGGACCACAACCGACUACAUUUCCGCAUUGUCACCGAGUCCUGAGGAUACUGGACAUACGCUACGACUCAAGCGCAGUCGGUCUUCUUCCAACAGUCUGACUCCCCCCUUGAGGGCGAUUGAUCGGAAUUCUACCAGUGGACCGUCGACCUCACGAGUACGCACCUCUGUGCCGGUUCGCAACGGCAGCACCCACUCCCUAGCACGCCCGUACGAGGAGGGACGUCCGAGAGUGAGCCGAGAGUUUCUGGCCGCGUUGGUCAAAGGCAUCGCGUUUGAUAAGGUCCGGGAAGCCCUCCGCUGGGCUUCGCAACAGUGGCCCGAGAACCCCGCCCUCCCGAAGGAGGGCUGUCGCCCGAUGGCGAGACUCUUGCUUGAGACUGCGCUGGCCCAUGAAUCUCUCGAGAAACGUGUCAUCGGCGAAUCUCCGAUCAAGCUGAUCAUGGCGUGCGUACCAGGCGGUGACUUUGAAGAGAUGUGUGGCCACUUUGUCACCAGGGCUGAGUACCUGGAAGGAGAGAGGCUCCCGCGCUCCGACAGGACAAUCACCCGGACAGCGGCCAAUAGCCUUGGAAACGCGGUAGACGAAAUGCUUUGCACCAUGUCAGAGGUACUGCCUAGCAUGGAGACGUUCGACGCCAAGGCUGCCUGCCUCCGCUCCACGACUGCCAUCUUAUCGAUACUGUUGGCUCGGUGCAACGACAACAAUCGCAUGGAGACCCACCUGAAGUGGGAGUAUGCGGCUCGCUGGAAGGACCAUAUUCGUACCACCAUGGCGGUGAUGACGGACGCCGAACUCACUCGGAUGCGCCGUACAUCGUACACGGACUUGCUGCUCAGCGUUCGGAAGUCUAUCGCGGUAUUCCGCGAGCGUGAGGCCGCGGAGAGGUUGCGACAACAACAUGAACUGGAGAAGCUCCGACAAGAACAAGAACAGCAGCAGCGGCAGCGGCAAGUGGACCGCGAUGCAUUGCGGGAAGCUCACCCCGACUAUCGCCCCAGCCCCUCCCCACGUCCCCCACCUCCGAGCCAGCCAAAUGUUUAUGUGAUGUGGCCGGGGUUCGAGGAGAAGACGAUGGUCUACUUCGCCGACCGCACUGGAGGAUGGGACGAGGCGUGGGACUAG